AUGAUAGCAAGUAGAAAACAGCAUUUUCAUUUUCCUUACUUUAUUUUAAUAUGAAAGGUGGCGACUAAAAUUUCUUUGGUGAAGAAGUACUGGGCAGACUGUCAACUUUGUAAAAAUAAAGUUGAACUGAAAUGGAGAUUCCUCAAUGCAAACAUUUGGAUUUGACUAAGGCAUUGCUCCAGCUGGGCAGAGCUCUUACUCUCCCCCCUCCGUGAAACAAAACCAUUAGAAAAAUCGCUAUUUUGGCCCAAAAACCCACCAUCCGUGAGUGAACAAACAAAAAUUUUUUUAAUAGAAAAAUUUUUUAUGAAAAAACAUUUUGAUAUAUAAGUGAUAAUUAUUAUAAUGAAAUCUAGAGCUAAUUCUGUUUAAUUUUAAACAAAUUGCUUUGUAAAGCAUAAAUUUUAUAAAUUAAAUUAAUAUUUGCUUUCCAAUUUUUGCGAAUUAAGAUUUUUUUAAAUUUCAAAAAACAAUUUCUAUAAAAUUAAUCAUUUUUUUUUAAAAAAACAAUUAACCUCCCUCCGUGAGUGAACAAAAUUUUUUUAUUCGCUCAUGGAGGGGGGAGGAGUUAACAAAUGUGCUAGUAUAA